GAGACAGCAGGAGCUAUUCGUGUUUGCAAGGCAGAUAACGGCAGCCAAAGGUGGCCUAAGCUAAGUACAUACUGAGGCAGAGGAUGGCCCCUGAGAUUCAAGCUGUGGUACGUACUACCCAAGCCUGGCUGCAGUCCUCCCAGCAUGUCCAGGUGCCCUUUGCGUGGCUAGAAGCCUGCGUGGAGUGGCUACAAGAAGAAGCAGGAGGAGCAGCUCGUCUGUCACAGCAGCAAAUCAACCGGCAGGUGCUGGACCAGUGGCUGUUGACAGACCUGCGAGACCUGGACUACCCUGUUCUCCCUGAAGGCCUCGCUCAAGCCCAGAAGACCGAGGUCAAUGGCACCUUCUGUGUCCAGGUUGACUCACUGCUGGACGUCAGUCAGCCGGCGUAUGGUCAGCUGCAGAAGUGGAGAGGCACAGACUGCGGCAACGACGACGUGUCUGCUGUCACACAGUACACCCAGAGGCCCUGGGAAGCCAGACCAACCCGUAUGUUGCUCCUGCAGGUAACAGAUGGAGUCCAGAGCUUGGAGGCAAUGGAGUAUCAGCCCAUUCCUGCGCUUAGUACAGCACUCAGACCUGGCGCAAAGCUGCAGCUGCAAGGGCGGAUAGAUUGCAGACUCGGUGUGCUCCUGUUGGGGCCGUCCAACGUUAAAAUCCUGGGCGGUGAGGUGGAGGACUUGGUGGACAGGAAUAACCAGGGCAGAGUGCUGUGUCGGACGCUGGGACUUCCUGAGGAGGAGCAGCAGCAGCAGGAAGGGGAGGAAGCCCCACCAGCACCACAACAAGGUAACCAGGACAUGGAGGAGCUGGAGCUCGAUGAUGCAGAGCUGUUGGCCAGUUUGGAGGGUCAGGAGGAUGCUGACAUGCGUCAGGUUUUACCGCCUCCUGACAGCGGCUACGGGACCCUACGGGGAACCUCCACUCAGUCUUCAAGAAGCUCCUCUGUCAGGAGCUUCGUCUCAACAGUCUCAUCCAGAAGUGAGACCUCCACUCGCUCUUACAGAGGUGGUUUGAUCCCGAGCAACAAUCGUGGUUCAGUCCAAGGUCUUCAUGACGGUGACGAACAACAAGCUUCUGAACUCGCUGACUUUUUACCACCUGACGGGAUUCGUCAAGAGAUCCAAGAUGACAACAUGGGAGACGAAGACUUUCCUGAUGAAGACUUUGACGAUCUUCCUCUAGAUGAGUUGGACAGAGCGGUUUUCCAGGAAAGUAAAACCGUCGCUACGCAGUCUCACAGAAACGCACCACAUAACGACAGCAGAAUAACAGGAAAUCCUAACGGUUUGUGCAAAGAAGCAAAACCUCAAACUGCUCAGUUUGAACCACACACUCUGAGCGGCUCCGGGCCACAACUUGGGCCGAGCAACUCCAGAUCCGCCGCGCAGAAACGAGACCAUCAGGGAUGCGUGAGAGCAGCUUCAGGGCAGUUUACCACAACGACUGCCAAACCCUUCGUUUCCCCAGCACCUUCAGAGCCAUCAAAUGCGUUUGUUAAUACUGAUGAAAGAGAUUUUAUGGAUGAUGACAUGGACUGCUUUUUGGAUGAAGUAGAAGCCUAUGAAGCACAAGGUGGGUCAAAUCAGCUCCCUGUUCAUCAAGGACCUAGCAAAGACAGAGAGAGUGCUGCAACAGAAACGUCAGCCUCCAGUUGUAGACUGUCCAGCAAAUCAUCCAGAACACCUUACACCACACCCCAGGGACAAACCUCCACAUCAUACACCGCAGGAUCCGACACACUAUCUUCCAAACAAGAUCCACAGAGUGAUGGCAAAGACUCUGCUGUCACUCUGACCUCUCCACCCUUUACGUACUUGUGCUUGCUAGAACAGCUGAUGUCCAAACCACAUCCUCAAACCACCGAGAUCCACGUCAAAGCUUUCAUUGUCACUCUCUUGGGGAAACUGAGCAGCGUCAGUGGUGCGUGGUGUGUCUCUGCUACAAUAUCUGACGGAACUGGUUACCUGGAUGUGGAGUUGUCAAAUGAGGUUUUGACGAGUCUGCUGGGAUUCUCAGUGGCAGAGAAAGGAGCUCUGAAGCGAGAUCCAGCCCGGAGAGGUGAGCUGGAUGCCGGGAUGAGGAGAUGUCAGGAAGAGCUGGUUGACAUGUGCUGUGUUAUGACCAUUGUGGUUGAACCAGAGGCGAGGAAAGCUGUGGUGACCAAGGCAGACCCUGUCAAUGAGAAAAUAGUUCAGGAACUGGAGCAGAGGGUGAGAGACAGGAGAAAAUAAACACAGAAGUUGAGGGGAAGUGGGCGAUAAUGAGAAAAUUACAGGCGGCGGAAAAGUAUAUUACCCUUAAGCAUAUAUGAAAAAUUGCCAACAAAAUUGAGGCAAAUAUAACAUCACACAACAGCCUUGAAGGUUUUCUUUCAUGUAGUGAAACUGAGCUACUUUUUAAGGAUUGAUCAACCUGAACCUCUGCUUCAGAUUUAGAGAACAGAGAAUUAGAUGUCUGGUGAUCAUCAAGCAGUGUGUUGAAAUGGAUCCCAUGUGCUAAAUGAACAUGUGACAUUCUGACAUUUUUCAUUAGAGGAUUUCCAAAAAUUCCAAAAAGCAAAGAUAUAACUCUGCUGUUUAAAAAUCGAUAAUAAUUGUUGGUUAUUAUUGGUUUAGACAGCCCACAACUGAGCAUCCCAUAUUCUAUGUAACAUUAAAAACUGCUCGGAGAGGAGAGCGAAACAUGUGAGCUAAAGAAGGGAAAGGCGGGUGUUUAUAUUCUGAUUGUGGUAAUGAAUUGCCAGCCUUUGCAUUCACUCAGUACAACGAUUACUUCUGACUGAAAAGUGAUUGAAUAUCCAGGGGCAGUGUGGGUCUUUAAUAAACUCCCUCAGAGGAGAAUGAGAGGAAAGGAAGAUAAAGGAGAGGCCAUGAGCUUCGAUUAUUGCUGUUCAUUAUAGAGCCCCAUAUUUUUUAUUUUUUUGUCUUUGAUGAACACACACACCACAAAUUUCAUGUGUUGCCUGUAUUUACUGUAUAUUGAAAUGAAAUUGCCCUGAAGGUUUUAUGGUUGUCUUUGACACUGACUAAUAAAACAUAUGUUGCUAAGUUUA